AUGGGAAAGAUCGAAGCAGAAACGUGCAGCGUUUGCAAGGAGAAUCCGUCCAAGUACCGGUGUCCACGGUGCGGUGCGCCCUAUUGUUCCCUGGUAUGCAACAAAGCGCACAAGGCGGGUAGCGGUUCCGCCCCCCCCUGCACAGGAAAACGCGCCGGCGCACCGUUGUCGACGCCAAGCCCUAACGGCGGCGGCGGCGGUGGCGGCAACAACCGACACAGCCCGGCAGGGGCGAAGCGGCCAAGGAAAGAGGAAGUUGCAAACGAAAAUGGCGGUGUCGCUGUGGAGGGUAGCAACAAAGCGUGUGUUCGGAAGGGCAGAGAUCAGUGGCGGGGAGGCAGAGAAGACAAGGAGGAAGAGGAGUGGCAGAUGAGCGCAGACCAGAUGGAACGGAUAUCCGGAUGCGCAUGGUUGAAGGCAGCCGUUCGAGAUCCGAUACUUCAAAAGUUGUUGACAGAGAUCGAUCAAGCGGAUGACCGAGAAAAGGCGCUGGCGUUUCACCGCACCAGCACGCAGUUCGGCGAGUUCAUGGACAAGAUGCUGCUGGAAAUCGAAGAAUACCGGAAGGGUGGGACGGGCGAACCGGAAUUGGUCGCGGCGGAUCCGUGA